AUGAAAAUCACCAAGACGCCCAAGCGCAAGCCUGAGGUGCCGCCCGAGCUGGCGGCCCUCAGCGCGCACAUAGCCGAUGUGGACGAGUCGGCGUUGCCCGACGUCCUGUGCAUCGAGCAGUGGAUGUGGCCCCGCGGCGACCUCUACUCGUGGGUCGCGGUGCUGAACCGCUUCGACGCGAUCCUCGAACGCGUGUGCGCUGCCGGCGAUCUGAAGCCGGUGCAGUGGCGCGCGUUUGACGCGGAGACCAAGCGCCUGCUGCUCGCCAUCCUCUCCUUUUCGCGCUUGCUGCUCGAAAACUGCAUGAACCGGAAGCUGUACGCGUCGUACGAGCACCUGAAUACCCUGCUCGGCACGAGCGACGACGAGGUGCUUGAGUACGUCCUGCGCCUGCUCCUGCGGCCCGCGCAGCAGCACAGUGGGACAAACAACCCCCGCCACGAGCUCCCGGUGAGCCGCACACGCCUCGCGGUACUCGCCGUGGUGUGGCCACUGCGCGAGGCCGGCGUCGAGCUCGCGGACGCCGCCACCGACGCGCCGCUCGCAUCGCUGAGCACGGUGCACAUGCACUACUACAAGCGCGUCGCGCCCCCGGCGCCAGGCUCGGCACCUGCGACGCCGGGCGCUGCACCGCCCAAAGAGGGCCUGACACGCAUCGACGUCUCGCUCGAGGGCGAGGCGCGCGCCCCCGCCGAGGUCCUCGCUGCACUGCCGGAACGCAGCGAGAUGAGCGACGACGAGCAGUUUGAGCUCUUCCAAAAGAUCAAGCUCGCCUUGGCGGGCCGCACGACCGAGACGCGGCGCUCCAGCCUCGUGUGCCGCCUGCUUGCGGUGGCGUGCUUUGCACACAGCGUCAACGAGGCGACGGCCAACAGCCGCAUCUUUCUCGUGGAGCCGAAUCUCGUGCAGCGCACCGUCGCGCUCCUCGACCCGAGCCGCGGCGACGACGACUACGUGCAGAGCGCCGCGCUCUAUGCGCUCGAGAGUCUGUCGCACUACCGCACGCAUGUACAAGAGGUGCUUGCUGCCGUCAACGCCUCGGUGAGCCACGGCACGCUGCUCCAGGUGCUCCAGCGGAUGACGGCGCGCCUCGCCAACGGGCCGCCGAGUGCACACCUCGACGCGUACGUCGACGGGGUCAUGACGCUCGUCGCGUACCUCACCACGACCGUCUCGGGGAGCAGCAUGAUUGUCGGCGCGGGCCUCAUCCCGCACCUGAUCGACAUUGCGAAGCUGGCCUCGGACGAGUUCCUCGUGCAGCGCACCGCCUCGCGUGCGAUUGGGUUGCUGGACAGCGUGAUGUACGCGUAUCCACCAGCCCUUACGCAGUUUAUCGACGCACACGGCCUCGGGGCGAUGGUGGACCGCGUCGCGGCCGAGGUCGAGCACGGCCUCGCGGCGCUUCCUGCCCUGGACGUCGGCGGCGAGACGCCGGCGCACGGGCGCCUGGCGUUUGGGCGCGUGUCGCUCCUGCGCAACAUGCUCAAAAUGUUCUUGCACCUGAUGACGACGCCGGGCGCGGGCGACGGGCUGCGCAACCUGAUCGACACGUCGCUCGUCCAGUCGCUGCAGGGCGUGAUGCGCGGCCGCGCGGCGUUUGGGCCGCAGGUCCUCUCGCAGGCGAUCCAGAUCGCGGCGACGUUUGUGCACAACGAGCCGACGCUCCUCACCACGGUCCAGGAGCAGGGCGUGCCAGAGACGUUUGUCGACGUCGUGCAGCACGGCCUCGAGCCCAACUUUGAGCUGCUGACCGCCGCGACGACGGCGAUCGGCGCAUUCUGCCUCAACGCGAGCGGCCUCGAGACGCUGACGCGCGCUGGCGUCGUCCAGACGCUCGUCGCGGUCCUCGGCGAGGAGCGCUUCCACAAGGUCCUGCUCGACCGCGACAAUGCGACGAUGUUUGGCUCUGCGAUGGACGAGCUGAUCCGGCACCAUCCUACGCUCAAGGACGAGAUGCACUCGCGCAUCAUGGCCGCGAUCCACCAGACGCUCGACGCCGCGUCGACGUACGAGGCGCCCGAGGAGGAGGAACUGCGCGCGCAGUACCUCUUGCUCCCCGCCCAGGCCACGCUUCCGAGUGCGCCGGUGGUGCGUGUGCAGGACGUGCAGCUGGACGAGGCGGACGCAAUGCUCGCCGAGACCAACGCGCGCGACGCGAAUCCGGUCGUGGCCGCGUUCGACGUGCAGUGCCGUUUCCUCGAGGGACUCUUUCGCAACACGGCGCACUGCCGCGACUUUCUCAAGGCCGACGGCCUGCCGCGCCUGCUCGAGUUCUACGGAUCGCGCUGCCUCGUGUACAACUUUGCGUCGACAACGCCGGCCGACUCGUUUGUCACGCUGCUGCGCCUGAUGACGGACGUGAGCCCCAACUCGGUGAUCACGGCGCUCCUGCGCACGAUGCACACGUCGCUCGCGGACGUGCAAGCGCUGCGGCCGCACGAGCACGGCGCUUCGGCGCUCGCACCGCUCCUUGCGCCGGACGCCGCGUCGCUCCCGGCGGCCAACGACCGCUUCCGCGCGCUCGUCGCGCUCAACGUGCGUGCGCACCUUCUUUCUGAUAUCUGCCAGACGUUUGCGUACUCUGGCCAAAAGCUGCCCCUGCACUUUUUGCAGGCGCUCAACGAGGGCGGCUCGGACGUGGCGACGCUGCAGCAGCUCGUCGACGUCCAGCGCACGCUUGCAUACGAAAACCUGCUCGUCAAGGCGGCCGCCGCGGAUCUGCCGCGCGUCCAGAAAGGCGAGCCCGCGUCGGCGCUCGCGCGCAACACGACUGCGGUGACCUACCUCGCGGCCCAGAUCCCCGUGUCGCUCUACGCGUUCCUCGGCGAGACGGUGCGCAUGCUCGUGCCCCGCCGCUCGCUCGACAAUGCGUACCGCGACGCGUCCGCCAAGGCCGCCGACGACCUCGGCACUGCCUUCCGCGCAUACCUCGAGCCGCACGCGGCCGACAGCGGCUAUGCCCUUGCCGAGUUUGCGUACCUGCUCAAGGUGCUCACCGGCGUUCUUUUCGACGAGCGCGCGAGUGUCGUGCACACGCACACGCUCGUGCUCACGGCAUGGGACGCAAACGGCGGCCUCGGGCGUCUGCUCGAGCGCAUGCAUGCGCUGCGCGCGACGCUCGCCACCGCCGAGGUCGCCGACGCGACGCCGGGUGGCCUCGCGGCCGACGCGCUCAAGACCGGCCUCGAGCUCGUGCUGCGCCUCGCACAGUCGCGCCCGCUCCUCGAGUCGGCACACACUGCGCACCUCCUCCAGAAGGAAGGCGCGCUGGAGCCGCACGGACUCUUGGUGCGCAUGCGCACAGACAUCUUUGCGUUCCUCAAGGAGCUGUGGCUCGAGCCGUGGCUGCCCAAGCUGCCGCUCGCCACGAUCCGUGCACUGAUCCAGGCGCUCCUCGCCGUGCUCAAGGCCGACGCCGAGUCGCCGCCGAAAAAGGCCGAGGGCGAGGAGCAGGGCACCAACGCUUUGCUCUCGUCGGCGCUCGCGUCGCUCGCGAGCCGCACGGUCCCGCUGCAUACGCCGCGCCGUACGCAGGUCGACGAAGGGCGCAUUGCACAGCUCGCAGAGAUGGGCUUUACACGCGGCGCCGCACGCCGCGCACUCGAGCGUACACACAACAAUGUGAGCGCCGCGACCGAGUACAUCUUUCAGCACCCCGAGCUCGCAGACGAGCCGGACGAGCCGCAGGGCGAGGCGGACGCGCCUGCUGCAGACGCGCCUGCUGCGGACACGCCUGUGCCGGACGCGCCUGUGCCGGACGCGCCUGUGCCGGACGCGCCUGCGCCGGACGCUCCCGACGCGUCGACCACCGCGCCGGACGCCCAUGCAUCGCAGGACACGACACACGACCUCGAGCUCGAAAACGGCCUCCCGCUGCUCCCGGAUGCGUCGCCAUUUGCCUCGCUGCUGGGCCUGCGGCCCCGUCCCGAGACUGGCGAGCGGGAGCGGGAGCGGGAGCGCGAGCCCGCGCCGCCGACCCCCGAAAAGCUUGCACUGGACGAAAAGCGCCGUGCGUUUGCGCCGAGCAUGCUUUCCCGUGCGCUCGUCCUCGCCGAGGCGCACGAGCCGCUGGUCUUUGACACAAAGUAUGUCUUCCUCCUCCUGGCCGAGGAAAAAGACAAGAUCGGCGAGCUGUGGGAGCAGAUCAUUUCGCCGCUCGACGCGCGCGACUGCCGCGGCGACGGCGCACACAAAAUCGCGGUGCGCCUGCACCUGGCCGUGCUCCUGCUGAGCACUGGCAUCGUGCAGAGCCAGCUGCCGUUCUCUGCUCUGCCGCCCCUUGCGACGUUGCUUGUGGCGCUGGGCGAGGCGCAGCAAGGGCACGCCGAGCUGCCGUGGCUCACGUCGACGUUCAUCGGCCUCUGUGCGAUCCUCGGCCUGUGCGAGCGCCCAAGCAAGGUGGAGCUGAACGCGGCGCCCGCGCCGCUUAUGCCGGAGGAGCAGCAUGCGUUCCUCCUCGAGGCACGCACGCGUUUCCUCCCGCUGGCCUUGUGGGGCCUGAAAGAGCAUGCGUCGCUCUCACACGACGCGCUCCUUGCCGUGUACCGCCUGGCGGUCCUCGCUACGCGCCAGGCGUCGACAGCCGGCGGUCUGUACGACGCUGGCCUCGAGCUGCUCUUUUCGCCGCUCGCGACGCGCGACGUCGCGCACGGCGAGGGGUGCCACCGCUUUGCGCUCAUGGCCGUGCGCCACGUCAUUGAGUACGCCGGCGUGCUUGCGCCGGUGAUGGAGCGCGAGAUGUAUGCGUGGGUCACGAACCACGUCCGCGCGCGCUCUUCCGAAAGCAGCUCGUUCUCGAAAGGCAUGUCGUACGUUGUCGAGCGUGAUCUCGACGUGUACAUGCCCGCGGCCGAGCGCCAAGUCGAGAUCCUCGACUUUCAGACGCAAAAAGGCCAGGCAUUCCUGCGCCUAAAAGAGUCGGCGGUGCACAGCCAAGAAGGGCCAGAGGCCCAAGGGGCGAGCGAUAGCGUGGUGAGCUACCUGCUCGAGGAGCUCUUGCGCCUGCACACCGAAGAGACGACCGCUGCCUCCCCGAGCGGCGCCGCGGCCACGCCGAGCGCGUCGACGCCGAUGGAUACCGAGUCCGACACGCCCCGUGCGUCCGAGUCGGAGGCGGCGACGGCGGCGGUGCCGCUCGAAAAGCCUGCUGUGCCGGAAGAGGACUCGGCGACGAGCUACAAGUAUUUCCUCUUGCAGGCCCUCACCGAGCUCGUCUCGUCGUACAUGGUGUGCAAGCAGAGUUUCCUGUCGUUCCGUGGCGACGAGCGCGCGCGUGCGGCGCUUGUGCCGUUCCUCACGUCCCUCGUUCCGUCCGGCUUUUUGAAGAGCUUCGACACGCCCGAGCUGCGCAAGCGCAUGGCCGAGUCGAACUGGGCCAUGUCGGUGCUCGUCGGCCUCGCGGCCGAGCCGUGUGCCUCGGGCGACGCCAAGGCUGUUGCGGAGCCGCUCGUGGCGGUGCGCAAGGCGCUGCUCGACCACCUGCACCGCGCGCUGCGCGAGGCCGCGUCGAGUGCCGAGCCCGUCGAGGUGCGGUACGGGCGCCUGUAUGCGCUGUCGGACCUGUGCUACCGCCUGCUCACUGCGCAGCCGAAUCCGCCGAGCCAAGGUGGUGCGCAACCCAAGCUGCACACCGAAGUCGCGCUGCACAUGGCCAAGACGAUGCUCGAAAAGAACUAUGUCACGGUGCUCACCGGUGCGCUCGCCGACGUCGACCUCAACAUGCCGACGGUCAAGGCGCUGCUCGAAGGCAUGCUCCGCCCUCUGGAGCACCUGACCAAGGUUGCGAUGAAGAUGGGCAAGUCGGCGCGCCGCGCUGCGAGUGUCGCGAGCGAGGCGACGUCUGAGAACUUUUCCGAGUCGCUGGACGAGGCGUCUCUCUCGUCGCACUACGACGAGGAGAGCGAGGCGGAGGAGGAUGCGCCCGACUUUUACCGCAACUCGUCGCUCGGCAUGCACACCGGCGAAAUGGAGCACGGGACGUUUGACGACGAGGAGCUCAGCGACGGGAUGGACGACGACGAGGACAUUGACAUGGACGAGUACGACUCCCAAGACGGCUCGGAGCUGAGCACCGACGAAGAGGGCCUCGACGGCGACUCGACGCACGUCGUCGAGGUCAUGGACGAGGACGAGGAGGACGAGUCGCACUCGGACCUCGACUCGGACGAGUUUGAGACGGACGACGAGGCGUACGACGACCUUCCCGAGCACGACUACGACUAUGUCAUCGAGGAGGACGCGGACGAGGAGCCGCAGGGACACGGCGAAGAGGUCGGCACGAUCCUCGAGGCGCUCGACGGCAUGGAGGACGCGGGCAUGGACGGCGACAUGGACGGCGACGAAGCCCUCCAUGACGACGACUCGGGCGACGACGACCUGUACGACCACGGCGACCUCUCGCGCCUGGAGAUCACCGACGAUGCCGCGUGGCCCGUGCACCAGCACGACGACCGCUUCGGCGCGAACUGGAACUGGAUGCACCCCCGCCGCGGCCGCCGCGACGGCGCGCUGCCGCCCACCUUUUUCCCCCGUGCCGAGGAAGGCGACGCGCCGCUCACCGCGCCGCGCCCCACCGAGCGCGACGGCGACGCGACCUUCCACCCGCUCCUGGUCGACGACCGCGUGACGGAGGAGCGCCGCGGCGGCCCGCCCCAGGACUGGGCGCGCAACGUCGAGGCGCUCGUCGGCGGCGGCACGAUGCAGGUCCUCGAGAUGCUGCUCAACCGCGGCGCGCAGGCCGGCGCCGACGCGAGCAUCCGCAUCGAGCUCGCGGACCACGGCCGUGCGCCGCGCAUGCACAUUACGAACCUCGGCAUGGACACGCCGCGCCGUGCGCCGCCCGCCGACGUCGUGUCGCACGCGCACCGCUUUGCGCCGCUCGGCACCGCCGCGCGCUGGGGCGAAGAGGCGCGGCUCGUCCACGGCUCGCUCGCGAUGGAGCACGCGCUGCAUGUGCGCAACCACCUCAUCAACCAGCUCCUGCCUGCGUACCACGAGCGCAAAGCCGCCGAGGCCGCGGCCAAGGAGAAGGAAGAGGCGGAGAAGCGCGCACGCGAAGAGGAGCUGCAGCGCACGCGCCGGCUCCGCGACGACACGGCGCAGCAGCUCUCCGACUCGAAGCGCAAGCUGCACGAGCUCGAAGGGCACGAAGGCGAGUCGAGUGCGCCGCCGCGCGUCACGGUCACGGUGCACGGCGAGACGGUGGAUCUGACGGAUACCGGCAUCGACCCCACGUUCCUCGAGGCGCUCCCGGACGAGCUGCGCGAAGAGGCGCUGCUCUCCCAGCAGCUCUCGCGCCGCCGCGCCGAGCCGCUCGGCAUGGCGCCCGACUUUCUCGAGGCGCUCCCCGCGCAGCUGCGCAGCGAAAUCGCCGCGACGGACCAGCGCGAGGAGCCUGCGGAGCAGGAAGAGCGCCGCGACGCGCCGCCGCGCGACGCGAUCCAGCUGCUGGACCGCGCGGGGAUUGCGACGCUGGUGCGCCUGCUCUACUUCCCCCAGAUCCAGACGCGCUCCUCGCUGCUGUACAAGGUGCUGAGCCACCUCGCGGAGAAUGCCAAGACGCGCAGCGAGCUCCUCGGCCUCCUUUUGCUCGUGCUCGCCGAAGGCACGGCAAGCAUCCACGCGGUGGACAAGUCGUUUGCCGCGAUGAGCUCCAAGGCGGCACGCACGCUGCACACGCCGCAGCGCGCGACGCCCCGCCGCACGCCGCACACGCCCACGACGCCACACGCAGAGCGCCUCACUGCGCCGCUCUCGCACAUUGGCGACGAGGCGCCGCACCUGAUCGCCGCACGCACCAUCGAGACGCUGAUGCACCUCGUGCAGGCCAACGACCACGCCGCGGCCUACUUCCUCUGCGACGAGCCGCGCGGGAAGAAGCGCAGCCGCGAGGCGCGGCCGCCGGUGCAGACGCUGCUCGGCCUCCUCGACAAGGACACGAUCCUCGGCAACGCGCAGCUCGUCGACGCGCUCAUCGGCCUCUUGAACGCGGUCACGAAGCCGCUCGCGAGCGCGCAGCCGCCGCCGGACACGUCGUCCGCCGCCGCGGUGCUCGCCGCGCCGCUCGACGGGACGCACGUUCCGCCGAUCGCCAACGACCGCCUCGCGGCGGUCGUGCGUCCGCUGCGCACGGCGAUCAGCUCGCGCGGCUUCCAGCACACGCUCGCCGUCGCGUCGCACCUCGCGCACCUGCGCGGUGCCCGCGAGGUGAUCAGCGACGCGCUCGUCCACGAGGCGAACCGCGCGUCGAGGGCGCUCGUCGGCGACCUCGACCUGCUGAUCCAGUCGCUCCCUGCGCCGAGCGAGGAGGCGGAGCCGGUGCGCGUGCACUCUGCGCCCCUGGCGAAGCUCGCGAGCCCGACGAGCGCCCAGGCGCAGUUUUUGCGGUGCCUGCGCGCGCUCGACUACCUCUACAUGGGCAAAUAG